AUGGAUCCCGAAAUGGCUUUAGUCGAUAUCUCUAGUUUUUCGAUGCACUUAAAUAAGUUUAUUGGUUGGACUGUACAUCCUAGAGUAAAAGAGGAAGUGGAAAAAACUUGUUUCAAAUAUUUUAUGAGAUUCCCCACGGAUAAAGUUAAAAUCCCCAAGCAAAUGACCGCCGAUUCACUUCGCUUUUAUGAUUACGAAGAAGAAUACUUUGUGUUUGGGGAUACUAAAGUUGAUCUUGGUCUUGAAGAUGUAAUGUAUAUCACAGGACUUCCCAUUGAUGGGAAACAGAUUUCAGGAAUUGGACCAGAGGAUCCUAUUGAGACAAUAGUAAAUCAUUUGUCCAUAAAUUUGGGUGAAGCUAAUGAUUUGUUAUUGCCUAGUAAUAAAGGAAAAAAGUCUCAUGAUAUAAGUUUAACCAGAUUGAAAGUAAAAUUUGAGAGUAUUGUUGUUACUGAGGAGAAUGUAAAUUCACAUGUCAAGGCAUACAUUUUAUUUUUAUUAGGAAAUGUUCUUUUUAGCACUUCUUCUUUUGACGGUGUUUCUGCUAUUUAUUUACCUUUUCUUGAAGUACUUGAUAUAGACAAUUAUGCUUGGGGAGCAGUUGUGCUUGCUACCCUCAAGGUUUCAAUGAAUAAAGUACGAAAGGGAAAUAAAACGUUGACCGGGUUUGCAUAUCUUCUAAUGGUAUUUGCAUUUGAACGAUUCAAAUGCCUUCGCAAGAUAUUUGAUUUUACUAUACCGAGUCAAUUUCCUUUGAUGUUGGGGUGGGCGAAUCUAACAAAUGAGAAUCUUAGGAAGAGAUCUUUAAUGCCUAACAUGGCAACUUGCUAUGAUAAGCUUCGGGAAAUGACGAAUUAA